CUGAUUACCUGGAUUAUCAGAUAAAAUCCAGGUCACGUUGGAUUCCUUUUAUAUGCAUGCACAGAAAUAAUCAAUGUCCCGAAAGGUAUCACUGGGAACCAGGGAGGUAGUCUUUCCAUCGGAAGACCUCCAACAGCUACGAGACUGCAACCAUUUACUGAACAAUCCAGAGGCUCUCCGACAGGAUAUUCAAGAAAAGGGAUACCUAUUCAUCCGGGGAUUUCAUGACAGACAGGAGGUUCUGCAGGCCCGUCUGUCAGUCCUGGAAUAUGUAAAUAAGGAGGCUGAAUUUAAGUUAGUGGCCCCGCCCACUGAGGGCGUGUUGGACGAGAGGUGUGGCCGAGGAUGCAUACCGUUCAUGGAGGGCAAGAAUAAGAUCACACACAGUCCUGAAGUUCUACGAGUUCUGGAGGGACAUCGACCCAGAAUGUUUUUCGGGAGAUUUUUGGACAGUGAGGUUAAGACGUUUGAUUUUAAAUGGCUGAGGGGGAUCAACCGUAAGCAAUUCACUGGAGCCCAUGUAGACAAUGUAUACAUGGGGCGCGGAUCUAGGAAUCUGUUCACUGUAUGGACUCCCUUUGGGGAUACGCCCGUAGAAAUGGGAACACUGGCGGUCUGUGAGGGAUCCAACUCUUUACCAAGUUUUAGACAGCUUCAAGAGACAUACGGAGAACUGGAUAUAGAGAAAGAAAACGUUGGAGGCACUGGUUGGUUCACAGAGGACCCGUUCGAGAUAACAUCUAAAUUUGGUGGGAACUGGAAAACCUCGGACUUCCAGGCUGGAGACGUGCUGAUAUUCACCAUGAGGACGGUCCACAUGUCGACGUCCAACCUGACGGAUUACGUACGUAUCAGCUGUGACACUCGGUGGCAGCCAGCCGAUGAGGCGGCGGAUCCAAGAUAUGUAGGCGUUAUAGGAGCGGUGGCCCCGAAGUACGGCCUGUUUGGUAAAGAAAAGGAAAAAGUGCAGAAAGUCGAGGAUCUUAAACAGUUGUGGGGGAUCUAACAACUUCAGGGGCGGCAAU